AUGAUUAUCAUAACGCUGCUGUUAUGCUUUACCAUAGAAGUCUCUGCAGUACCAGUCAAUUCAAAUGUCCGUCGUCCCCUGCUGUUACAAGGAAGGGAAAGAGCAACUCAAGGUGCUCAGCACGUUGUAGCCGCAAACCAGAAACCCGAAUCUCCUACGCCAGCCUCUGUUUCUCCCAGUGUUCAGCCACAGGCAGGAGGUCUACAGCAGCCUGAUCCACAGCCCAUUCCUUCACUGCAACAGUACCCCUGGUAUCCACAAGGGGGCAUGCCCAUGCAGCCACGCUUCUAUGGACCCCACCAGCUGACACUGCCACAGCAGCCUCUAAUUUUCCCACCUUAUGGAUACUUACCGCUGUUCUCCUCACCCUAUGGGAAUCAGCUGUUCAGCCCAUAUGGUUACCCAAUGAUUCUAGAAUCGGCUCUCCCACAAAUUCCAGCAAAUCAGCUUCCCAACAGUCCAGUGUUACCUGCAGAAAACGCUGCAGGAGUUGCAGUUGCUCCUUCAAUAGAUGCAACUCAGGGAAUACAGCAGCCACAGCAGCAGCUGCAACAACAGAAUCCCCAGAUUGUAUACAUGCUACAGCAACCAGUGAGCUCUCCUCUUGGCAGUCUUAGCUCUGAGGAACUUCAGAUGGCUGCUACAAUGGGCCAAAUGGGGGUGUACAUGCCUAAUGUGCUUACAAACCAGCCUGCGGGAGCUGUUCAGCCCGAGAGCCAGGCCGCAGGACUCACACACCCAGAACAACAAGGCGUUCAGCCAGCUGUGGGGACCUCAGCUGCUGGAGCUCAACCGAUAAAGGCACUGCCGUGCUCUGGAUCACAGCCAAAUGCUAGCGGGUUCUCUACAGGUUUAGCUGGGUCGGAUGCUGCCACUGCCCAAACACCUGCUGAACCCCAGCUUCAGCCCAUGCAGGAAACCCUUGUCUGA